UAGUGAUCGAGUGAAGGGGGCGGGGUGACAUGGUGGCCAAGGUGGUGAAGUUGGCAGUGAUACCGGCUGCUUUGGGUUUGGCCUCAUUCCGAGUUUAUGCCAUGACGGAGGACAGGACGGACGGGCGGGUUUCCCCACAAGAGUUGUCUGUCUACAGCGCAGACCCUCCAGCGCUGCACUAUGUGGAGGAGAGAGCGGGUCGCCUACAGUCAGGAAUCGGGCUGAUGAGAGCUCGGCUUCAGUCUUACGUCAGAGCUGUGCAGAACACUUGCACCUCAGUGAAGGUCAGGGCCAUUUCUUUAUACCAGACUGGACAAGACACCUAUAAUUUCCUGAGAGACCCGCCCCCUGGUUUCCUGCCCAGAGUUGGUAUAAUCACCGUGUCUGGAUUGUCCGGACUCAUCCUGGCACGCAAGGGUUCUCGGAUAAAGAGAAUAGGUGUUCCUCUGGUGAUGACCUCUGUUGGUGCAGCUGUAUGUUACCCCCUGCACACUGUUGCAGUUCUACAGGUGACGGGUAAAAAGGUGUACUCUGCCACGUCUUUUGUUGCGUCUGCAUUCAAAUCCGACUCCAAAGUGGCUGGGGUUGUUCCUGAUCAUGCGCCAGAAGAGGCUGCCCCAGGUACAGAAGCCCCCGUGUCUGUAGUUACCCAUGUUUCUCCAGCCCAGGAAAAAGACCUGGCUCCAUCAGAGGUUGCCUUAGAUUCAGAACGUACCCCACAAGAAGACACCACUCCAGGGGACAUUACCCAUGAAGUGGUCACAAAUGUGUCUGAGACAACAGCAUCAGAAAAACCAUUUGUCGCAGAUGUUAAACCUGACGCUGCCCCAGAAACGGCUCCACCAGAGGCUGUGGUAGAUACAGGUGCAGAAAGUUCUACAGCUGUAGACAUUACUUCUGAUGUUGACAAUUUGCCUGAAUCUGCUGCCCCACAAGCUGAAACUGCUCCCCUUACUGUAGAGGAAACUACACCUCCUCUUCCUCCUGCUACUGCUUCUCCUGCUGUAGAGGAAACUCCUCUUCCUCCUGCUACUGCUUCUCCUGCUGUAGAGGAAACUCCUCUUCCUCCUGCUACUGCUUCUCCUGCUGUAGAGGAAACUACACCUCCUCCAGCCAAUGAGAAGCCACGGUUCGCUCCUGACCCAUCGUUACUGGAUCACGGACAGGCUCAUCCUGAAGACGCCGACUUGUACAGCACCCGGGGAUGAAGGGAAAACCGAAGGGAUGAGUGAACGAGCGUGAGAACGGAGUUGUGUGUGUUGAGGGAGGAAUGGUAGAGGAACAUCGCAUUGUCGUUUAAGACACAGUGAACAUUUUUGCUCACUUCUUCUGACCUCGAGUCAACUCGAUGACACUGGAACACUUCUUGCUGCUGAAUGGCGACGAUACCUCGUUUAAACAGAACGAGAACAUGCUGGAGGAUCGAACCCGUGUUUGAUGUGUCCAGCUCAAACGUUUCAGUGUUGCAUCAUUAAAUAUUAUAAAUGGGUGUUUGUUCAUGUCCAGUAAAAAUCAAGCUGUUGAUCUUAAAUACUGUGAGUACCUCAGUAGUUAAAUAAAUAAAUAAACGAACCUGAUCUCAAUACCGUUUCACCCUCUAAACAAAAUGUGCUCAUUUCCAUACGGUACACAGUUUCAAUUCUGGAAUUAAACCAUUUCAUUCGGCUGCAUUAUGUCACUUCCUGUCAGUUGAAAGGAAGUAAAUUCUGUACCAUAUGAAAUGCUGUGCAAUGAAAUGCAGAAACAUUUUCAGAAAUAUUUUAUUUUGCAAACUGGAAUUGUAUAUAUAAAUAUAUAUAUAUAAAUAUCUAUGCAGAAUUGUGAAAUGAAAAUAAAUUAAUUUGUUACAAAUGUAA